CAUGCUAAUGAAACAUGGCGGAGGGAGGAGCGGCUGAUCUGGAUACCCAGCGAGGAGAGGUCGCGGCGCUGCUGAAAACGCCGCUGCGGAAGGGAGACACUUGGUACUUAGUGGACAGCCGCUGGUUCAAACAGUGGAAGAAAUAUGUGGGCUUCGACAGCUGGGACAAAUAUCAGAUGGGAGACCAGAAUGUCUAUCCAGGACCCGUCGACAACUCGGGGCUCCUCAAAGAUGGUGAUGCACUGUCACUCAAGGAGCACCUCAUCGACGAGCUGGACUACAUCCUGGUUCCCACGGAGGGCUGGAACAAACUGGUCAGCUGGUACGGGCUGACGGAGAGCCAGGAGCCAAUCGCACGCAAGGUGGUGGAGCAGGGCAUGUUCGUGAAGCACUGCAAGGUGGAGGUGUACCUCACGGAGCUCAAGCUGUGCGAGGACAGCAACAUGGACAACGUGGUCACCCGCCGCUUCAGCAAAGCCGACACCAUAGACACCAUCGAGAAGGAGAUGAGGAAGCUGUUCAGCAUUCCCGAUGAGAAGGAGACCAGGCUGUGGAACAAGUACAUGAGCAACACGUUCGAGCCCCUCAGUAAACCGGAUAGCACCAUCCAGGACGCCGGGCUCUACCAAGGACAGACGACGGCUAGCCUGGAAGCCGAUGUCUGUAAACUCCAGCACACGGUUCUGGUAAUAGAGCAAAAAAAAGAGGACGGCACGUGGCCCCGGGGCUCCUCCGCACCCAAGUCCCCAGGCGCUUCCAAUCUCUCGACCUUACCAAAGAUCUCCCCCUCGUCCCUCUCAAACAAUUAUAGUGGUUUCAACAGCAGAAAUGUAAAAAACUCCAACUACUGCCUCCCGGCCUACCCUCCGUAUAACAGCUACGAGUACUCAGAACAGGCCAGGCACAGCGAGCGGCCGGGCCUCUGCGGCCUCUGUAACCUGGGAAACACCUGCUUCAUGAACUCUGCAGUGCAGUGUCUGAGCAACAUCCCUCCGCUCACGGAAUACUUCCUGAAAGACAAGUACCAGGACGAGCUGAACCUGGACAACCCCCUGGGGAUGAGGGGGGAGAUCGCCAAGGUGUACGCCGAGCUCAUCAAGCAGCUGUGGUCGGGGAAGUACAGCUACGUCACCCCCAGGCCUUUCAAGACGCAAGUGGGCCGCUUCGCCCCCCAGUUCUCAGGCUACCAGCAGCAGGACUCCCACGAGCUCCUGGCCUUCCUCCUGGACGGGCUGCACGAAGACCUCAACCGCAUCAGGAAGAAGCCCUACAUCCAGCUCAAAGACGCAGAGGGCCGGCCGGAUAAGGUGGUCGCCGAGGAGGCCUGGGAGAACCACAUAAAGAGGAACGACUCCAUCAUCGUGGACAUCUUCCACGGCCUCUUCAAAUCCACCCUCGUCUGCCCCGUCUGCGCCAAGGUUUCGGUGACCUUCGACCCCUUCUGCUACCUGACGCUCCCCCUGCCCAUGAAGAAGGAACGCACGCUGGAGGUGUACCUAGUGCGGCUCGACCCCCUGGCCAAACCUACGCAGUAUAAACUGACCGUGCCUAAGGUUGGGUACAUCUCUGACCUCUGCACCUCUCUCUCCACUUUAUCUGGGGUACCCGCCGAUAAGAUGAUUGUUACUGACAUCUACAACCACCGCUUCCAUCGGAUAUUCGCCACCAACGAGAACCUGAGCAGCAUCAUGGAGCGGGAUGACAUUUACGUGUUCGAGGUGGCGGUGAACCGGGCGGAGGACAUGGACCACGUGGUGAUCCCGGUGCACCUGCGGGAGAAGUACAAGCAGUCGGGCUACAACCACACCAGCACGCCCCUGUUCGGCCAGCCCUUCCUCAUCACCGUGCCCCGCUGCCUGAGCGAGGAGAAGUUCUACAACCUGCUGCUGCUCCGCAUGUGCCGAUUCCUGCGCUCCACCCCAGACGAGGAGGAGCCCGAGGAGACGCCCCUCCUCAAAGAGCACAGCGUCAACGGCAACGCCACCAACGGGGUCCUGGAGGAGGGCUCUCCCAGUGAGAUGGAGACGGACGAGCAGGACGACGAGUCCAGCCAGGACCAGGAGCUGCCCUCCGAGAACGACAACAGCCAAUCGGAGGAGUCGGUGGGCGGGGACAACGACCUGGAGAACGGCAUCGGCCCGGACCAGACGACCAAAGGCCAGCCGCUAGCGGGGCACAAACGGCGACUCUUUACAUUCCAGUUCAACAACAUGGGCAAGACGGACUUCAGCUUCAUCAAGGAGGAGCCCAGGCACAUCCGCUUCGACGAGGGACACCUACGGCUCAGUGACAGGUCCUAUCUGUCAUUGGACUGGGAGCCUGAGAUAAAGAAGAAAUACUUUGAUGAAAGUGUGGUCGAGGAUUUCGAGAAGCACGAAAGCAUGGAGUCCAAGCCCCAGAAGAAGGCCUUCUUUAAGCUGAAGGACUGCAUCGAGCUCUUCACCACCAAGGAGAAGCUGGGAGCCGAGGACCCCUGGUACUGUCCCAACUGCAAGCAGCAUCAGCAGGCCACCAAAAAGCUGGACCUCUGGUCCCUGCCGCCGGUGCUGGCCGUCCACCUCAAGCGCUUCUCCUACAGCCGAUACAUGCGGGACAAGCUGGACUCGCUGGUGGACUUCCCCCUCAGCGAUCUGGACAUGUCCGAGUUCCUCAUCAACCCCAACGCCGGCCCCUGCACUUACGACCUCAUCGCCGUGUCCAAUCACUACGGAGGAAUGGGAGGCGGCCACUACACCGCCUUCGCCAAGAACAAGGACGACGACAAGUGGUACUACUUUGACGACAGCAGCGUGUCGCCAGCGAACGAGGAUCAGAUUGUGUCCAAGGCUGCGUACGUGCUCUUCUACCAGCGGAAGGACACCAUCAGCGGUACGGGCUACUUCGCCCUGGACCGCGAGGCCCUGGAGACAGCUUCGGCGGAGGGAUACGCCGGCCAGAGCGACGAGGACCUGAAUGAGAACGAGAACGACGACGAGGAUGACGACAACGAGGAGCGGGAGACCAACCACGACGUCACCAUGAACACCAACUGA